UUCAUAUCCAUCAAGGGGAAAUUUGCGAACAACUCAGCUUCUGGGAAGUUGAUCAUUGACUCGAUCCCUUCAGGGCCCUUCCAAGCUGAAAUUCCGCUGCUGGGGAAAAUCGACAUUUCCUGCAAUGUGGACGUCCAGAUCGAACAUGGG